AUGCUCUCCCGACAUGGUACCAUGUUGUCCGAAAAGUCCGCCAGCCACCCGCUGACCAUGCCCACUCGUUCGGUCAGCACUUCAAGCGCAAUGAGCAGCGAUGAGGCCAUUCCGGGCAACGAUCCAAGCAACACCUCAGAACUGUUGGCAGAGCGACUACAGGCGUGGAAGCAUGCAGUGGGCUACCUAGAGGCCUACAUUACUGCCACGGAGAAGGUUCAAAGGGCCCACUCUAAGGAGUAUGAAAAGGUGUUGAAGAACAUGGGAGGUAUAGCUUCCCUGUUCGAGACUAUUCGGACGAACACUACGGGCCUUGCCAACAUACACCUCGAAACCGAAAAGAAUAUCAAGGGCUCCGUUCUCCCUAUCCUCGACCGCCUGCACAAGGAGAUCAAGAACAAGUCAAAGGAAAUCACUGCCGGAGCUGGCAAGAACGCAAAGGAGGUUGAAAAGGUACGCAAUAUCACCCAGAAGCAUAUCGAGCUUUUAGGCCAGCAUACAGCCGGAUUUGGGGUUUCUGGGGGGAAGAUGAGCGCAAACGACGAUCCAUACGUUGUCCAGCGGGGUGUCUACCAUCGACUUGGCAAGCAGAUUCUCGAGGAGAACAACAACAAGAAUGACUUGAUCAAUGUGCAAAACAACUUUGCACUAUUUGAAUCUCACAUUAUCGAGGUCAUCCAACAGGCCAUGAUGACAUUUAACCAAUUCGUUGGCGGACAGGCUCAAAAGGUGGAACAACUUUAUGGAGAGAUGCUUGGCACUGCCCAGGCUGUUCCACUCAACUUUGAAUGGGCUGGCUUCGUUGAGAGGAAUAAAGAAAUCCUCGUUGACCCACAGACGCCUGACAGAACCCUUGACGGAAUUACGUUCCCCAACCAGGAUCAUUCUUGCACCAGGGCCGUCAUUGAAGGCACGCUGGAGAGAAAGUCUCGUAACAAGCUCAGUAUGGCAGGGUAUUCAACUGGUUACUAUGUUGUGACUCCCUCCAAAUAUCUCCACGAAUUCAAGGACAGCGACAACCUGCGCAAGGACCCGACUCCGGAGCUGUCUAUCUACCUCCCGGAUGCAGUUAUUGGUACGACUAACGGCGAGAAGUUCAACGUGAAAGGAAAGGAUGUUAGCAAGGGCAUCGGUGGAAAGUUUACAGGCUCUUCCGAGCUUCAGUUCAAGGCACACACAGCCUCUGAUGCGAACAAAUGGUAUGAGGCUAUCAGUUCUGUGGUUGGGACCGCCCCUGCCAGCGAGCCCUUGUCACCAGCGGCAACAGGUGUUGUGGGCCCGAGUGAGAGUGAGAAUAAGCAGGCCUCGGUACCACCAGCAUAUGCCGAAAAGACUGGCCCUGCUCCUGUGCAAACCGCUGGUCUUACUGGCGGCGAGACAGUUGCAAUCCCAGUAGCUAUCUCCUCCGGAGCGGCCGCUACAAAUCCUGAAAAGAUAUGA